GUUGCAACUUCAGUUUGUGGUGAAUACCGAUUGUAAAAGCAACAAAGUACAAUGAAAGUAUUGAUUCUAUUGGCUACCUUGGCUGGCAUUGCCACAGCAGUGGACUACUGUGCUCUGCCCACUUGCCUGGACAAACACAUUGCCUGCAACAAUAAGGGAAACUUUAGCGAGGAUUGCCCCAAGGAUGCGCGUCAGGUGAAGAUCGAAUCACAUCAGAAAUUGAUCCUCAGUCUGUUCAAUGAGUUGCGCAACAAUGUGGCUGGCGGCAGCAUUGAAGGGCUACCCAAAGCAAUUCGCAUGGCCAAGAUGACCUGGUGCGAGGAGCUCGCCCAUCUGGCUCUCUUGAAUGUGGAGACUUGUCAGUCGCUGCCCGACAAAUGCCGCAGCACCGAACGCUUCGCUUAUGCCGGCCAGAACAAUGCCAUCUUCAGCUAUAGCGGUGCCGAGUCCGAGUACACGGAUGCAGAGAUCAUUAAGGAGCAGAUUGAGAAAUGGUUCGGUGAGCGCAGCAAUGCAUCGCCCGAAAUUCUGGCCAGUUUUCCCGAGGAGUUGCCCAACAAGAAUGUCGCCAAGUUCACCAUUGCCGUCGCCGAGAAGAACACCCAUUUGGGAUGUGCUGCCGUGCGAUUCUCUCGCGAUUAUUACAAUCACUUUGUGAUCACUUGCAACUUUGCCACUUCGAAUGUGAUCGGACAGCCGGUUUAUACCCCUGGCGAUAAGGCAACCUCCGGCUGCAAGAAUCGCUAUGGCGCCGCCUUUGACUACCCUAAUUUGUGCUAUGCCAAGGAGAUCUAUGAUAACGACAAGAUCGUUAGCGACAUCAGAUUGUUCUAAAUACGGAGACGACGACCCAAGAAGUUCAAGGCAAUGUAAACAAAACACCUAGUAUAACUUUUAUCGAACAUAAAUAAAUAAAUCGUAAUCGCAAGCAAUGGAAAA